AGGUGACAAAAACCAAGCGUAAAUUUUUCACAAAACCCAUUGAAUAUUCAUAAAAUAAUAUCUGGAAGUGUAGAAUAUGGACGUUUACAAUCAUUAGAAAGUGUACUCGGUACAGUGUACGUUAAAUAAUGAGUGUGUAUUUUGUUUCUGAGCUUUCGUUGUAAUUGUUCAAAAUGUAUACUCUCAAGGGUAUAUUUCCAGAACCCAAAAAGGAGCAGAAAAAAAACUUUAUAAGGGAAAACAUGAAACAGCUUAAAUAUAUUCAAGGCAAGUCGCCCAAAGAGUCACAACAAGGUCUGACCAGCGUCCCCCCGCGGAUCUCCAGGCAGCCAGCCGUAGCCCUCAGCAAGGUCAAGUCCUCACCCUCCAGCAAGAGCGGCAAAGCUACCCUCUCAAUUGGGAAAUCCAUAGGCAACUCUCGAAAGAAAUUUACCGAUGUCCGGAUAAAGAAAGGUGACAUGGCAGAGUUUUUAGAAAGGAAAGAAAGACGUGCCAUGCAAGUCAAGGAAGAAGAGACAGAGGAAGAGGAUGUAAAAUCAACAGAUUCAUCUGGAUGCCUGAAAGAUAUAGGCUGUCAGACCAUUGAAUCUAAUUUAGCGCAACAAUUAGCUGAAUGCACUAAACUAACAAUGAUAUACCCUAAGAAAGAGGACGAGGAGGCUAAGUUGAAAGCUAGCGGGGACUUUGGCCUCCAUAAUCGAGUGACAACUCCUAAGGGACGAAAGGGUAGUGAUGAAAUUAAUAUUGAUUCGGAGCGGAAUCGCAGUAGGUUAAAUGCAAUAUUGGAACGGAAGGACAAAGACAACAAAGACCCUUAUCUACCAUCAGGCUACCAGCGCGGCGUCGUGCCGGCGUACCUGCGCGCGCGCCGGGACAGCGGGGGAGCCCCCGCGGCGGCGGCGGGGGCGGGCGGCGGCGGCGGCGCGGAGCCCGGCGAGUGCCCGCCCGGACACGUGGCGCUGCCCGACCAGGAGCGCAAGGAGACGCUGCGCAUGCUUAGGAAUAGUUUUGCAGAAUUAGUAAGCGAACUAAACAAGAUGCCUGUCAAAACCGACACCCUCCGCAUGCGGAACCGCAAGAUGGAGCUCGAGAAGCAGCUCGCCAAGCUGGAGGAGGGUAUCAAGGUGUUCUCGAGACCCAAGGUCUUCGUUAAGAUUGGAGAAUAAUUCCUGUGGUUCUUAUAGUAUAGGGUUCCGUAGCCUAAAUGGCAGAAAUGGUACCCUUAGCGCACUCAUAAGCAGAAGUUAUCAGAAAUUCAGAGCGUGAAUCUCCAUGGUGACUGAAUAAAUUCAGAUGUUCACCUGUUUUUUUUUUGUUGUAUGAAAAAAUCUCUACGGUCACGGGAUAUAGGACAUUUUAUUUAAAGUUGUACACUGCACUUUUUUCAGCUUUCUCGGGAGAAGUGUAACAAAAUUUCCAUACUUUUUUCGUUUCGUCCAUUUCGUUAUUGUAAUACAAAGUCUAUGAGAAAUCAUAACGGAACGGAAAUAAAAAUCUUUGGACAUUUUUUAAAUCCUAAUUAGAUCGAAAUAGAUAGUUAUUCGGAGUAGAAAUAAAAUUAAAGUGUCCAAAUAAAAAAUGUACUUAAAAAAUGGCUCACAUCUGAAUUCAUUCCGCGACCGUAGGAAGGCUUCAGGCUUUGAAUUUCUGUUAAAUUCAGCUCGUUUGUGUAUAUGGUUUUGUCAUGCCCGUCUGUCUGUCCGUCCAUCUGACUGAGUCAUAGUAUUUCUUGUAUACCUUUGAUGCUGAGUAAAAGGAUUCCGAAACAGAACUACAAGCGAAGCGAGGGGUUGAAUAAGUGGAAUCCUCAAUUCCUCAGUGUCAGAAGCAAAAUAACUUUAGCCAAACUGUUACUACUAAAAAUAUUACAUGUACAAUAUUGAGAUAACAAUGAACGCUGGAAGAUUUACACUUUAGCAUAGAAAAAAAACAUUCUUAAACUGAGUAAAAAUACUUUGCUCAAAGAACACAGUGGAGUAUAAUUUUGGGUGUAUCCAUUUUUUCUUGUCAUUUGUGGCCAUAACGGUCGCCUGGGUCACUUUUAAAACCCAUGGUUUAUAUACCCAUGGCCCAUUUAAAUAAAGAUUUUUAUGUCAGUUAUAAUCCAUUUCCAUAUUAGGUCAUCUACUGACCAUAUGAGUAGAACGUAGAUUAACAUUUCUUCUAACAAACUACUAUUGUCGUCUGGCUGACGGGACGAAAUAACAACAAAAAGUUGAUCCACCCUUUUACCAUCAGAGCUCCGUGCCAAUCAACAGGGUCCUAAGUCCUUAAUUCGAAUGAAGCCCAGGGCCCUUUCUAGCUACACCACUGAACAGCAAAAUGAACACCUUCAUUCUGAAAUCCAUUUAAAAACUUAUGUAAAUUAAAAAGAAUCCGUCUCAGUUUCUGUUAUAAAUUCUCGUAACUAAGUUACUUGAUGUAUGUAUGCUUGUAUGUAUUGUUACGGUAUUUUGUUUCUUGUAAUUAAUAUGAGGUUUGUUUCUAUGUUUUACAGUGUUUCUAUAACAGUUUUGGUUUAAAUACAUUAUACAUACUUAA